AUGGCCCCCAAACACCAGUUUUCACUUCCACUCCAAGCUAAGAAACUGCAAACAGUGAGGCUGACUCUUGCCUCCAGGCCAGAUGAGGCAUCUGCUUCUUCAAACUUGCCAAAGGAAGUAAAAGAACAGCAAGAAGCAAUCAAACAUAUUGAUAAAGUACAAAAUGAAAUACACAGACUUAAUGAACAAGCCAGUGAAGAGAUUUUAAAAGUAGAACAGAAAUAUAACAAACUCUGCCAACCAUUUUUUCAGAAGAGGUCAAAAUUGACUGUCAAAGUCCGAAAUUUGGGGGUAACAACAUAUGUUAAACAUCCACAAGUGUCUGCACUGCUUGGGGAGGAGGAUGAAGAGGUGCUGCAUUAUUUGACAAGAGUUGAAGUGACAGAAUUUGAAGACAUUAAAUCAGGUUACAGAAUAGAUUUUUAUUUUGAUGAAAACCCUUACUUCAAAAAUAAACUUGUCUCCAAAGGAUCUCAUCUGAAUAAAAGUGGUGAUCUAUCUUCAAAGUCCACUGAAAUCAAAUGGAAACUUGGAAAGGAUUUGAUGAAACAAUCAAGUCAAACACAGAAUCAAGCCAGCAGGAAGAGACAGCAUGAGGAACCAGAAAGCUUCUUCACCUGGUUUUCUGAUCAUUCUGAUGCAGCUGCACAUGAGCUAGGAGAGGUCAUCAAAGAUGAUAUUUGGCCAAAUCCGUUACAGUACUGCUUGGUUCCUGACAUGGAUAAUGAGGAAGGGGAAGGAGAAGAAGAUGAUGACAAUGAAGAGGAAGAAGGAUUGGAAGAUAUUGAUGAAGAAGGGGAUGAGGAUGAGGAAAGGUGA